CAGACUUUAAUAAGGCCCAACGUUUUGCCAGCUGACGACGACGACGACGACGAGGACAAGAUUGCAAUUCACCAUUAGGAAACCAACAUUCUUAACAACGAUAAAUCCGCUAGCGAGCAUUGUUAGACUCGAAGCCUUGAAUUCUGUUUGACUAGUAGAACUCGAAUUUUUUGUAUACAACAUGGUCGACACACCAGCGGACCCACCAAAGAGCAAGCGAAAGAAGGCUUCUCGGGCUUGCGGACACUGUCAAAAGGCUCAUUUGACCUGCGAUGAUAUGCGACCAUGUUCUCGGUGCGUUAAGCGAGACCUUGCCGCCACAUGCGCUGACGGCGUGCGAAAAAAGGCCAAAUACCUACAGGAUGUUGAUGACUCUGUAGCGCAAACAAGUACACCGUCCCCUGCCCCGCCAGCCAAUACCCAACAAUCAGCCCAAGAUACCUCCGCUACAACACUCCCCAACAACGUGGACUCUUCGCUUCUUGGCUUUCCUCUCGCACCAAAUUUCAACUUUGGAUCCAAAACCGUCAACCUGGAAUAUUCAUUCCUUUCAAAUAUGCUUGGGGCUCCACCUAUCGGAGAAGCCAAUGGCAAUGCUUCUCCUUUCCCGCUGGGAGAUAUGGGAAUGGGGCCCCAGAUGGAUCUGAAUGGACUGGACUCAAAUCAGAAUGACGGCGGCGACGAUCCAGGAGGUGUUGGACAGCGAGAAUCGAUGGCUACUACAAAUUCCCCCGUCACCGGGUCUGAUGAUCUGUACGCCGACAGUCGUACGAGUGGAGUGUACAAGAAUGUGCUUCGUCCUUACGAUUAUCGAGAGGGAUUCCAUUCACUGGUGCGACAUGUGAAGGAGCGAAUGGAAAAGAAUGAUAUCAUGCGCAUUUGUCGUGCGUUGGCUCAAUUCCGACCAUCAUUCAUGGCGCAAAUCAUGAACUUGUCAGAAGAAGAUCUUGUGUUUAUGGAAAAAUGUUUCCAGCGCACUAUAUUGGAAUUUGACAAGCUCAUUGGAUCGUCGGGCACUCCGACCGUGGUUUGGCGGCGAACAGGCGAGAUAGCACUCGUUGGGAAAGAAUUUUCUAUCCUUACUCAAUGGCCACGGGAACAAUUGCUUGGGAAAAAGAGCUACAUUUAUGAAUUGAUGGACAAUUCAUCUGCGGUGGAGUAUUGGGAAAAGUUUAGUUUGAUCGCAUUCGACAAUUCACAACAGUCGGUGAUGACAACGAGUACAUUGUUAUCACCAUCUGGUCGACCGGUACCCUGUGCCUUUUGCUUUACAAUCAAACGGGACAUUUUUGACGUCCCGCUGGCGAUUGUAGGCAAUUUUUUGCCAUUAUUCCGACCGGUGUAGAUCGCCAUCACUCCUUGACUCGUUCAGUCAUUGUUCUGAGAUAGAUAUUUUUAUUCGUGUACAUGUAAUUAUUUUUCUAUAUAGCGUAUGAUGUAGCGCCUUAAAAACACAAUACAUGAUUUCUAUUGACGCCA